AUGAUUGCAGCAGUGGAAUCAACCCUUUGUCAGUCGGAGACAACGGGGGAGACUAGGAGCCUCAUCCGACACCAAGUGUCGUUUCUCCUGAUGGCCCACAGGCCGCGGGUAGUGCUUUCCAAGGUCGAACGUGGUGCGCUUAGAGAACUCAAGGCCGACAAAGACCUGGUCAUCGUGCCUGCGGAUAAGGGGCGCUCCACAGUUGCACUGGACAGGAAAGACUACCUUCAAAAAGCCAAAGGUUUACUGAUGGACCGACAGUUCUAUGUCUCAUGUGCAACUAAUCCUUUAAAAACGCUGACACGCGAAAUUAACGCUACGUUGAUGGCCUUGGAGAAGUCAGGUGCAAUAACACCGACCGACAGACGCAUGGCGAGACCCCAAGAUACGGCUUCGGCCCGAUUCUAUGGUCUCUCUAAGGUGCCAAGGACGGCGCUCCUCUCCGACCCAUCGUUUCGCUCAAAGGUACUUCAACGUACGGACUGACAAAAUGAAUUUUCCGGCGUCUCAAGGUCCUGACCGCUGAGUCAGACACCACGGUCUCUUCGUCAGCACAAUUCCUGGAGAAACUCAAAGGGGUAAGCCUCCAUCCAAAUGAGGUCAUGGUAUCUUUUGAUGUUAAAUCCCUUUUUAAUUCUAUUCCCCAGAAUCUGGCGAUUGAAACAAUCGAGCUGCUUCUACAAAGCAAAUACGAUGAAACGGAAAAUCGUCUUGGACACGCCCAAAUCAUUCAGCUCCUGAAGCUCUGUCUCAGGACGUACUUCACGUUCGACUGGACAAUCUACGAGCAGGUGAAGGGCACAUCAAUGGGUUCGCAGAUUUCGGGAUUCAUCGCCGAGGCGGUCCUGCAACGGUUAGAGUCGCUGGUCUUCCAACGCCACAAACAGAAGUUCUGGGCCCGGUAUGUGGAUGAUACCUUCGUCUUGAUCGAAAGGGAUCAGUUGCUGACAUUCCAAGAACAUCUCCACGCUGUCCUCCCGGACAUUCAAUUCACAAUGGAGGAGGAAGACCACCCAAUCAGCCACAAACGCAGUUGUGUAAGGACGCUCUAUCGGCGUGUCGAAACGCACUGCAGUGAGCCGUAA